GGGGCUUGGCAGCUAUGGAGACUGAAUGGACUCAGCAGACACUCUCAUCUGGGAGCUCCUCCACCUGGGUGUCUGCUCCCCGCAUAACUACCACAUUACCCAAGCUGCCAUCACCGGUGGGCUAAUCGGCUAAUCCUCUGUCCGGCGCUUAGUAAACGAAUGCAGGACAGUGAAGCCCGGAACGGGCGGAACCAUAGUGCGGGCGGAACUAUAGUGCGGGCGGAACUAUAGUGCGAGCGCCGGGGAAGCGCACACAGGAAGUGGAUACUGUUCACGUGUGAUUAGUAGGAAUGGCUGAGUUUGUACAGCGGCGGAUUGAAGACAGGAUUCCUGAGUUACAGCAGUUGGAGAGAGUGGGGCUUUUCACCCCCAAGGAGAUCAAAUCGGUCAUCAAGAAAGUAACAGCUCUAGAAUACAAAAUAAAGCGGCGAUCGGUUACUAAAGCAGAUUUUAUCAACUACGUCCAGUAUGAAAUAAACUUUCUGGAGCUGCUGAAGAGGAGACGGACGAGAAUCGGAUAUUCCUUCAAGAAAGGAGAAAUCGAUUAUUCCAUCGUGCAGAGAAUCCACGGCCUCUUUUAUCGUGCCACCAAUAAGUGGAAGGAUGAUCUGCAGCUCUGGAUGUCCCACGUGGCAUUUUGUAAGAAAUGGAAUUGCAAACUGGAGCUCAGCAAGACCUUCUCCUCUCUGCUGGCCGUCCACGCGGACAAACCAGGUUUGUGGAUCAUGGCAGCCAAGUGGGAGAUGGAGGAUCAGCUUUCGUCUGAAAGUGCGAGACUCCUCUUCCUCCGAGGUUUGCGCUUCCACCCAGAGUCACCCAAAGUGUACGAAGAGUAUUUUCGAAUGGAGCUGAUGAAUGCAGAAAAACAGAGAAAAGAAAAAGCCGAUCUAGAAAAGGCCAAAAUGGAUAUCGGUGAAGCGGAGUAUUCUGAAGAAAUCCUUAGCGGUGGCCUCGCCAGAGUCGUUUAUAAAUCUGCAAUCCAGAAAAUAAAAGGUGCCGCGUUCCAUCUCAGUCUUCUGUCCAUCGCCAAAAUGUUUGACUUCACCCAGGACCUGCAGAAGGAAAUCCUUGACGAUCUGCAAGCCGUCCAUGCGCAGGAUCCUCUCAUGUGGGACUUCAUGGCCCGCCAGGAGCUGGAGACGGAAUCCCCAUCUUCGUCAGAAUACACUUCCAAGCAAGGAAAAGCUCUGGACGUGGGACGCAAGGAGCAGCGCUGCGGGGCGGUCUAUGAAGCGGCGCUCGAGGCCGUGCAAACAGCGACCAUGUGGGAUUUAUACAUAAACUUCUGCCUGGAGCGAUUCAAGCGCAAGACGAACAGCAAGGAGCUGCAGCAACAGAGACGGGAGAGAUUGUUUUCUGCGUUUCGUGGAGCAGACGAAGCCCGUUUGCUGUCUGAGGAGAAAUGCGCAGAGUGGAUAUCCCGACUCGUGGCUUCCGGCGAAUCUGCGUCUGCGGUGGACGUUGCCGCAGCGGCCACCAAGCGAUUUAGUGGCUCCGUAGCUCUGUGGCUGCUCCGCCUGGAGCUUCUCAUCCAGGAGAAGAGAAGUGUCGUGGCAGAAGUGUUUGAGGAGGCAUUUAGAGAUGUCGGGGGCCGGGACCUUUUACCUCUGUGGACAUUGAGAGUUGAAUGGAGCGAGAAACGCGGCGAUCAUCCAGACGCGACCGAAGCUCUUUACCAGAAAGCCAUCUUGGCCCCAGUUCAAACUGUAUCAAAGACUAUGAAAGAGAAAUACUUGGACUGGGCGUUCAGGACAAAGGGAUACAAGAAAGCAAAAAAAGUCUUCAGCAGUUUGCACGAGUGCCGCCCAUUCUCCGAGGAGUUUUUCCAAAACAUGAUUGAAAUUGAGAAGGGGCAGGAAUCCUGUGAGAUGCAGAAUUUGCGGGAGUAUUACGAGCGAGCCCUGAGGGAGUUUGGAGCCGUAAAGCCUGGUCUGUGGUUGGAUUAUAUAAAGGAGGAACUCCGUCAUCCCGAAGGCAGACCAGAGAAUUGCAGCGCCCUCCACUGGAGAGCCAUGAAGACGCUUGAAGGAGACAAUGUGGAGCUAUUUAUUAGCCAGUACACCUUGUUACAAGCAGGGCAUGUCUGACUGCUUUUUAUCAAACGUUUCUCAUUGUGCUUCCCCGGGGGCCCCAUUCACAAUUAUUUCUUUGUUGUGUUUUUGCUGUUUAACCUUUCCUGGGGAAUAAAGAAAUCUCUGUAAAA